GGUCUGACCGUGCCUUGGCCUCGCAGGGAACGUCUGGAAGAGGAGCAGCUCUUGGAUGGGCGCUACCAGCUGCAGCAGCUGCCAGGGGGACGUGUGGCCCUGCCUGUGCUGGAGGAGAAACUCUUCCAAAUGUGCCUGAGCCCGGAGAUGCCCUGGGAGCUGCUCCACAUCCAGGAUCCUGUCCCCUCCAGGGCYGCCCGCCGGCGCAGCCCUGCCCAGAGGCUGCGGGAUGAGCUGCGGCUGCUGCUCCGGGGGAGCUGGUCCGAGCAGCUGGAGCGGGAUGUGCCCCACAGCUGGCAGAGGCACGGGGACCUGGUCCUGCUGAGCGAGGACAGCUUCAGGGCUGCACCCUGGGAGAGGCUGGGCCCGGCGCUCUGGGAGACGGUCGCCUCGGCGUUGGGUGCCCGGCGGGUGGCCAGGAGAGGACGGGUGAUGCCAGGUGGGCUGCGGAGCCCCAGUGUCACCCUGCUGCUGGGCCAGGACGGCUGGGUGGAGCACGUGGACAAUGGCAUCAGGUACACCUUUGAUGUGACCAAGUGCAUGUUCUCCCCGGGAAACAUCACAGAGAAGCUGCGGGUGGCCUCACUGCCCUGCUCCGGGGAGGUGCUGGUGGAUCUCUACGCAGGCAUCGGCUAUUUCACKCUGCCAUUCCUGGUGCACGGGGGAGCCGCCUUUGUGCAUGCCUGUGAGUGGAACAGCCAUGCCCUGGAGGCCCUGCACAGGACGCUGCUGCUGAACGGGRUGCGGGAUCGCUGUCACAUCCACGCCGGGGACAACCGGCAGCUGGAGCUGCGGGAUGUGGCGGACAGGGUGAACCUGGGGCUCAUUCCCAGCUCGGAGGAAGGCUGGCCCGUGGCCUGCCGCGUGCUGAAGAAGGACACGGGCGGGGUUCUCCACAUCCAUCACAACGUGGAGACUCCCCCGGCGCGGGUCCCGCUCCUGCCGGCUGAGGGGGGGUCUCCAGGGGCAGCCGGCUCUGCGGGAGAGAUGCAGCACCCAACGGAGGACACGGGGAAGGAGGUGCUGGGGGCCAGGCUCAGACCCGAGUGGCAGAGAUGGGCUGAAGGCACGGCUGCACGGAUCCGGGCGCUGCUGGCAGAGCUGCACGGGMGGCCGUGGCACACCAGCAUCCUGCACAUCGAGGCUGUGAAAUCCUACGCGCCACACGUGCAUCACCUCGUGCUGGACCUCGAGUGCCGGCCAGCACUGCCUGUUUAGCAGGGCAUGGGCACCGCUGGGGCUCCAGCUCCUGUGGAAGGGUGAUAUCCAGGGACAGAGAGAUGCUUCUGCAGUGUUCUGCCCGCCUGGAUGUGCCUUAUGUCCCCUACGUGCCAGGCAGCAGCACUCCACAGCAGUGCCUCGCUGUGCCCAGACACCCAGGGCUGUGCUCCCGUGGCAGAUCCCUCCAGGAUCCAGACAAGGAUGGAGUGAGCUGGGACUCAGAGUGCCAGUGUUCUGCCCUGGUUCUGCCAGUCACUGCACAGAUACUGGACAUGUGGUAGCAUUUUCAGCCCCAUUUUUGCACAGGAGAGAGCCACAGGGCUGAGAAGCCCUGGGUUCCUGCCGGGUUCAUUUCAACAGUUCGGGGACAAGCUUUGUAAUUACCACUGUGCUUUUUURUUGUACUGGAACAAGUCUGUUCA